AUGUGCACGAACAUUGGGUUCAUUGAAGUUUUUGAUAAGACGGGAGCUGAAUUAAGUGAGCGAAUAAUAAAAGAGCUUAUGGAUUUGAAAAUAAAUAUAAAUGACAUGCGUGGUCAGAGCUACGAUAAUGGCUCAAAUAUGAGAGGAAAACAAAAUGGUGUUCAAAAACGUAUAUUAAACAUUAAUCCUCGUGCGUUUUAUGUACCUUGUAAUUCCCAUUCAUUGAACCUGGUUAUAAAUGACGCAGCGAAAUGCAAUGUGGAUGCAAUUUCAUUUUUUGGCAUAGUUCAGAAACUCUAUGUUUUUUUUUCAGCGUCUACUGAUAGAUGGAAAGUUUUACUACAAUUUUUGCCAAAAUUAACACUAAAAAGAGUAUGUGAUACACGUUGGGAAUCAAGAAUUGAUGCAAUAAGGCCAAUACGGCAUCAAUUUGGAGAAAUUUAUGAUGCUUUGCUUCACAUUAAAGAAGAUUUGAAUUUAACUGGUUCACAUGGUCUGCAGACAAAAUCUGAUGCAUGUGAUCUCUUAAAAAAUAUCUGUGACUUUAAAUUUAUAUCCUCUGUCAUUGUUUGGUACGAUAUAUUGAGUGCUGUUAACCCAAUAAGUAAACAAUUGCAAUCUAUACAUUAUGAUAUACAAAUGGUCCUUAAAAGUGUAUCAAGUAUUGUAAAGUUUUUAAAAGAAUACCGUCAAAAUGGGUUUCCUAAAGUUAAAAUAGCUGCAAAAGAAAUUGCUCUAUUAAUAGAAAUACCAGGACAAUUUCCCGAAGAAUAUCAAAUACGUAAACGACAAAAAAAAACACAUUUCAGCUAUGAAAACAGAGAUGAAACGCCUCUUCAUAAUCCAGAAAAAAAAUUUGAAGUAGAGUUUUUCCACGCAAUAAUGGACACAGCCAUUAAUUCUUUGCGAGAAAGAUUUAAUUUAUUAAAAAACUGGGAGCACGAAACAUUAUUAAAUCAUUGCAAAGAUUUGGCUAUUUUAUUAUCAGCAAAAGAAACAUCUGAUAUCAACGCAGUAGAACAAUUUGAAGAACUAAAAAUAUUUUGUCAACUUACCGAACCAAAUAGUUCUCCCAACAAAAAUCUUGAGCUUAUUUAUAAUAAAAAAUUACAAGAGAUUUACCCUAAUAUUACAAUUAGUUUGAGAAUUGUUCUAACGAUUCCGGUCACUGUAGCGUCAGCUAAGAGGAGUUUUUCUAAGUUGAAACCUAUUAAAAACCACCUCAGAUCAACCAUGAGCAAUGAAAGGUUAACCGGGUUAGCAUUGUUAUCCAUUGAGUCCGAUUUGGCGCAAGAAUUGGAUUUAGAAGACAUCGUUCAAGACUUUGCUUCAAAAAAAGCAAGGAAAGUUAAUUUUUAGUUUAGUACACUUCUGUGGACUGCGAAUUGUAAACAUUAUAACUCAAGUUGAAAUACAUAUUUUAUAUUA